GUUUUACGCGGAUUAGUUAAAAUCCUGUUUUAUGAUGACAGUGUCUAUACAUUUCGGUAGCUAUGUGGUCCACAUAUUUCGUGUUUAUUAUGUUCGUAUAUUUCUGUUCGCUUUCAUGUACUGAAACAUCAAAACCAAAAUACAAAUUGAUAUCGGCACCUGUAGGUGACCGUGUUGUUUUGUCAUGUGGAAUCGGGGACAGUAAAUACCGUGUUUAUGAGUGGCUCGACAACAAAAAACCAAUGGAAUUUGCUACACAUAAUGUUACUAUGCACUCUAAUGGAAGUAUAGACUUUCGACUUCGAAUGGAAAAUGCAGAUAGAAUAUUUAGCUGUCGUUCGUACAAUUCUUAUCCGAACGGCACGAAUGACUCAUCUCUUAUUUUUGUGUACAACUUCGUACCAAUAGUUAAAGCAUUUCUUGCAGAGACAGUGCAUAAUGCUACUGUAGACUGGGGGUCUAUCUACAGAUUCCCGUGCAUUUUUGGAGGGACUGAUCCUAGAGAGAAUACAAUGAUACUCAAUAAUCAGAUUGUUGUUGAAAUGGAACAUAACAUUACCGAAGAUUCAAUUGUGGAGUGUAAAGUUCAGAAUUCCUUGGGUAUGGUGCAUGAUUUGGCCUACAUUACAGUUCGUCCUGAUUCUAAAGCUUGGGGAAUCAAACACGGAGUUUCAGAUCGACAUUCUUAUUGUCAGUCGUAUUCUACAAUUUUACCGAAAUCCUCCGUAUGUUAUCCAUUUAUAGAAAAUAUUGCUAAUGAAUACAAAGAACCUUAUUUAAUUUCACGAUCUCGUUUAUAUUCCAAUGAAAUCAGUAAUCAAGCUGUUAAAAAUCUGUUUACCAGCUGGGAUGAUUUAUUAUCAUCUUCAAUGCAUUUAUCUCAAUCUGAUAAUUAUCUCAGUGAUUCUUUUAAAAGUUCAAAUACAUCUUUUAUAAAAUCAAAUCAUGUUGUAGAUGCGAUAAGUUUAUCUAAUAGUAGUAGCGCUGCAUGGAGAUGUAUUAAUUUGGCUAAGCAUUUAACUUGUGCUACAUCUUAUCCUCGAUGUGAAAUUACUAACACUGAUAGAAAAUCAACAUCUGUAUUUGCCAAUUCAUAUAUUGAAUAUCCUGUUUGUUUGAAACAUUGUCUCGCUGUUACAGGCCUAUUUUGCUUCUCCUCGUUAAAAAUCUUGAAUAAUUCAGCCUUGGAUAGACUUCUCGACAUUCAUCGGAAUGAAUCUUUAAUGAAUUCUGAUUUUGUAAAAACGGGUUGGUCAGAACUGAUCAAUGUGCCGGAAGCCAAAAAUCAAAGUCUUCCACUGAGUUUCUCCGAUCCAUUAGCCAGUGGGACAUCAAAUCCCUUUUACAUUUGUUCAUCAACUAAAAGUGAUAUUAUGUCUUUUGAACCGUCUAGAAAGUCUAUUUGCACUCGUUUACCUAUUGAUAACGAAAAUCCAACAAAUUCCAUUGAAGAAAGUAAGAAAACUCCUGAUGAACAAAGUGUUGACUGCAUCAACGGCAAAGGGGAAAAUUACAGAGGUUUAGCUACUAUGCCAGAAUGUAAACCAUGGACUAAUCUGUUUGUUCUCGAUGAUAAUAUUCAGAAUCUACAACCUGGUAUUUGGCCUGGUUUUUACAGUUUAAACAGUUUCACUUUCCCUAGAAGUUUAGGUCUUGAAGCCAGUUCGUCAGCCGUGUGUCGCAAUCCGUCUGGUUUGGCAUCAAGACCAUUCUGUUUAAGUCGAAAAGGCAACAAAGAAAAUUUUCCAGAUGUAUCUAUGAAGUCAAAGCCUAAUCACUUGGAAGAAUGGUAUUUAACUUCUUGUUAUCAAAUUCCUCAGUGUUCAGAGACCAGUAACAACAGUGAUUAUCAUCAUAACUGGACCAUUGGUGAUGUAUCGUUUAAUGGUCUAGAAACAACAGAGGCUCAGCUACAGACAAUUAUCGCUUGUUCAAUUGUUGGACUGGUUAUUUGUUUAAUAAUCAUCGGUUGUAUAAUUUGGCUCAUAAAUCGUUGUUCUAGAAAAAAUAUUGAAAAUUCGGAUAUACACUUUUCUCAAUUAGAUUUUGACAAGCCUCAAAUUACAGGAGAUGUAAAUAGUGUUAACGAAGAAAAUGAUGGAAAGAGACAAUUUUCUGAGCAUCUCUAUGAUUCUACAGAAAUUAACAAAGAAAAAUAUUUGGAGCGACGUAGAAAAUUAUUAACUCGUCGACGUAGACUUAGACAACUUAAUCCAUGUUCCAAAUGUAUUCUUGGAGCAUAUUAUCGUAUUGUUGACUUCACACAUUCAUCUCAUACAGCUAGUCAAUCCCAUUCAGUUUUUGCUGUUACACAAUAUACUGAAGAUAAAAACACGCCUUCAGCAUCUAAUCAAAAUGUUAUGACUAAUGUAUGCCAUGGUCGUUAUUUAUCAUCUUUUUGCCCAUGUUUCUGUUUAUCUAAUUUUCGCAAGAAAUCGAAACACGAUUCUCUCAAAAUGAUUCAAUUUGUACAUAGUUGUCCUGUAACUAAAAAUGAAUUGAUUGAUGAAGAGUUUGAGGCUAAUACAUUGGGAAUGCGAAUGGAUAAGUCAGUAGUUUAUGUGACCAAUGUGCCUACAAUUAUCUCACCUCCUAAAACAAUCGAUUCUUCACCAAAUACUUGUGUGAUCUGUGGAGUUGCUAGCAACCUUUUAUCAGAUACAUGUUCAUCUUGUCGUUGUUCUCAAAAUAAACAAACUGGUGUUCCGUCUGCAGUAACUACAGAUCAUCCUAUUAGUGGUGACUCUUGCUCAGAUAAUCACGUGUUGAUUGAUGACUAUGAGGUUGAUUCAGAGUUUUCUCCAACUACUCUUGGCUUGAUUGAAUCAUCCUAUUAUUCACUAUCAUCUGGGUCUGCUGAAUUAGGUUCUUCCAUAUUACCGGAAAAGUUAUUUAAUGUGGCCUCGAUGAAUCACUUGCUACAUCCAAAAUUUAAAUCACUGUGCUAUCCUCGCAAUCGUCUGGUUGAAAUAUGUUGUUUAGCUAAACGUGCAUUUGGUUGGAUCAUCUUAGUACAUGCUCCAAAUUUGAAUAAACUAGUCCAUAGAAGACGUUUGUUAAGUUUAACAACUUCAGAAAGACUGGGUCUUGUCUCUUCUAGUUCACAAGAAAAAGAAAAUACUAUUGACGUCCAGUCAUCUUCCGAUGAAUCAAAUAAUUGUAUUGCUGUACUGAAAAUGAUUCAAGGAGGUUCUAAUCUGAAGGCGGAAGCUAAUUUCCUUCGUGAAGCUGAAAUAUUGGUUGAAUUACAGCAUAGAAAUAUUAUACAAUUGUUAGGUGUUUGUAUUCCACUGGAACCACUUUCACUCCUUAUUGAAUAUAUGCCUUUUGGUGAUUUUUAUUCAUUUUUACGCCGAUACACCGGUGAAUCACCAGGAUACAAUUCUCUUGUAGGCGCAGUCAACGGGGAAAUAGUAAAUUCAUAUAGUCAAACCUUGUUACAGACUACAACGGUUCCUAAAAAGGAUUUCAUUAAUGAAUAUCCUACCAAUUUGAAUGUCAAAAUUCUCACUGAAAUGGUGAUUGAUGCUUGUGAAGCUAUGGUUUAUUUAAGCGAAUUGCAUUAUGUACAUAGGUGAGUCUACUCUCAUAUGAUGAUAAUUAGAAUUCAGUUAAGCGUUAAAUUACUUGUUAAAAGUUUAUCGAUUAUAAUUUGAAAGUUUCGUUAAUUAGACUACGAAACUAUUAUCACUGAAGAUAAAAUCUCAGCGUGAGCAAUAACGUAUGAUAUUUUGUUUCGUUGUCAUAAUAAGCUUCAUUUUUGACUCAGGAUUGCUAAAACUUUCAAUGUAGUAAAAUAACUGUUGGUGCUGUGCGGUGAAACUUAUCUUUACUUAAAAGGUGGUAACAUCUUCGUUCACCCAAGCCAUCGUUGAUAGAUAAACAUUCUACUUUAUUUUUUGUUAAUCAAUUAUAGUACAUGUUAUAUCGCAUUGUUAAUAUGAUAAUCACUUUAAACAAAACAAACGGAAAGUUUUACAUAAGAUUAAUCAUGAUUCUCAUAGAUUUCGUUUAAAAAAAUAUAAUAAAAGGUUCGUUUUUCUUUAUCACUACCAUGUGUUCCUUUCGAUUUUUUCAUUUUAUACAGACCACAACGUCCCAUAAAAUAGAAAAUAACAUUUGUACAAUAUUUGACCAAAAGUGGCUGUGAAUAAAGGAGAUAGUAAUUAAUAGACAGGCCAUAACUCAAGAAUGCUAAAUCGUAUAGUAAUAGUCUAUGUGUCAAAUUAAAGCUUAUAAUAAGAGGGACAUGAAUAUGGACAGUUUAGUUACAUAACAAUUAUACGAUAAAAAUAUACUCAUAGUAUUGGUCCAUAAACGGAUCCCAAAAGUUACCAUUCAUUAUUCUUAUCGGGAUAUAACACCUUGAUUGGUAAUAAAUCAGAUACUUUUGUAUUAUUUGAAGUUAAUUUUUAACACAAUGACAAAGAAAUGUAGUUUGUUGUAGAGAUGAAAAUAUAGACCAUUAUAAUUCGAUUAGAUGAUUUAUAGAUCAACUGCUCAUCAUAUGAAUAUGAAUCUCCAAGUUUGAUCUUGUACAAGUUUAUAACUCCCUAAUACAAAGUGAAACAGUUCUUCAGUCUUAUUGGUAAUGAAGCCCUAUCUGCUAUCGACUCAUAAAGAAAAUCACCUUCACAUUCUCUUUCUGUUUAAAGUUGUAUCUGAAUCAGACUAGAAAUUUUAAAAAACGUUUCUCAUUAAGGAUUAUUAUUAUUAUUAUCAGAAGCUUUAUUCAACAUUAUAUUUUUGGUACAACAUAGAAUUCUCAGCAUAAAGUAUUUCUACAAGUUUCCUUUUCUUAUACCUUGAUCGAUUGUGACGAUAAAUUUUGAAUGAUGACCAGUUAGAUGUUAGAAGUUCGGUAAUCCACAUUUGAUUACUGAUCAUUUGUUUCAAUGCAUAUUGCGAGCAACCAUGAUGUCGCUGAUUGUACCUAUUUGUAUCCCGUAUAGCGAAAGGUUGUAAACUUUUCAUAAACGCGCCUGAAUAGGUUGUGCGCACAAUAGACAUAGUGAUGUGCUAAAACAAACAACAAAACAGAUAACUUGAUGAAAUAUCUAGAUCGGUGGAACAGGUAGCCCAGAUAUUCAAGCAGGCCGCCGGUUCAGAUCCCUUGCAUAUUUUAUUUUAUAAUUUAAGAUCUUGACGAUGAAUACUGGGAAAAAAAGUUAACAAAUACUUGUUAGUCUAUGAAAAGCUUGGAGACAGUUAACUUUGUAACUUUUUAAAAGAUUGUAAUGUUAACUAUCCGGUGAUAGAGUGUCUUUUCUAAAUCUACAUUCAUAUUGUUUUCUCAUUGAAUUCUAGUAUGUUGUGCUAUCUAUCACAUGUGUGCAAUGUGAAUGAUUUUAUUAUGAGGUAUAAUAAUAGUAUACAGCUGUUUUACCCCUGAUAUAUAUAUACUCUGUUAUUCACCAAUUCGCCACAGUUGUUCUGAUGGUUUGGUUAUCUCAACCAGACUUUUAAGUCUCAGACUUAACCCUUGGCACGAUCACGGAUGCACACUCCUGAAGAAUCCCAUACUAGGAUGAAGCAGUUGUCUAGCACUUCCUGGUUUGUAGUAAUUAUAUAAAUGAGAUCAGUCUGUAACGAAUACAAUCUACAGACUACAAGUAAUUAAGUAAUGAUACUUAAUAAAUGACCAAUUUCACAAAAAAAGAUUUGAUUGGUAAUCAGUGGAAAUAGUGUGAACUUUUGUAAAAUAUAAACUGGUCACAUUUUUUGUCGAGGUCAUUGAGAUGAACGUUUGACUGGAAUAAAACCAUUAGUUCGUAAAACAUCAACAACAAAAAUGUGAGAGAUACAAAAUAAUAGGAUGAAUUGUUACGUAAAUGUAACUGAAGGAAUUUGUGUAUAACAAAGGUCAAAACCUAGACAGAUAUUUUGGAUGAAUAAAAUUACUGAUUUGUCUAAUCUAUAAUUUGAAAUAAAAAUGUUCCUUUAGAUGGUUUGUGGACAACUAAUUGGUUUAAAGGUAAAUGCUAUUAUAAUCGAAUAUAACUAGUUACAUAUAAAUUACAACUCUGCUUAAGUAGUAACAUACGACAAUAAAUAAGGAAAUAAUAACAGAUAUGAAACAGUACGAUAUGCAAGAAUUAGGAAUGCUGCUAAAUGACUUCGUUUAUGUUGUUGGUCUUAAACAACGUUGAACCUGUAAAGUAUACAUGCAUUAGUUCAAGUUACCAUACAAAAGCUGCGUAGCAGGAUAAAAUUAUUAAUAGUAAAGCUAGUAACAGUAUCAAUGGUAAUAGAGAACAUUGGGCAUUGACAACAUAACUUGAGAAGGAAGAUUGGAUUUGCGGAAAUAAAAAGUGCAAAAAUAUUUUUUUAAAGUUUAAAAUCUAAAGGGAGAUACAGAGUGGAUGAAUCUGCGUCAUUCAGAUCGGUUAUGAAGUAUACCGUUCAAUAUUUCCAACCGCUGCUCUCGAGAACCUCAAACAGCUAGGCAGCACCUACCUGCACGACAUAGUCCAACAACUAAUAACUUCAUGACCUGAUACCACUCGUUGGCUUCCUCUCAACGUACACCAGCUAACAUUGCGUGUCGCGGUAGGUAGUGGUUCGGCUUGCGUAAUCAAUUUCCAAAUCGCUUCAGCUGAUCCAAGAUUCACUACCUCAUCGAUCGAUUUGUCAUUUUUACUCAAUCGCAACUUAAUAGGAUUUAUAUCGUUGACGUCAUCAACGAAUAGUUUUGAUUUCUUCGAAUAUCUGACGAGGGUGAUGUCUCGAUAUGGGUAAUAUUUGAUCCCAAACAGCACUUGAACGUUAUUCAAUAUAAAUAAUUCAAUCAGUACUACAGUUUAGCUGAUUAACAAAUAUUCCCAUUCAUUAAUAAACAUUCGAAUAAGUGUUUUUAGGCACAAUUCUUGUUUUUCUUAAAACGACCGACCAACUCAUUGUCUAAAAAACAAAUAACUAAAGUUAUUAACAAAGAUUUUUGUUUGGAGGGGAGUAGCCGUAGGAAAUUGUGCGUUCUGCCGUGUAGUUUUACAAGAAACCUCUCGCUUGCAAUGUACCGGUAUUUCUUUCUUUUUUCCACCUUAACUCCUUCUGGUAUCAUUUACGCUGUUUACCUGUAAACUCAUGCCAAUCCUUAUUACUUAUCACUCACCUUUUCUUUUUUCAAUAUUUGAAACUAUAUUGAAGUUUUAAGCGUUUCAUUAAACGGGUUUAAUCUAUCUUUCCUAAUGAUAUAAAUCUACAUAAAAAAAGCUAGUAGAAAAUUAAAUUUCGUUUAUCCUCAACCUCUAG